AUGACGAACUCCGGUAACCCUUUUCCGGUUGAUCCUGCCAAUUCAACAGAAUACAACCAAGCCAAAAACCUUGCAUUUUCACUAGGAGAAGAAGAUUUAGAGAGAUUGAGGAAUGAGAUUCGGGAGGAGAUAAACAGACGGGCAGAGGAAUUGGCCCUUCGUCAGAGAGAGAAGGAAGAGAGGGAGAGAAGGAAGAGAGGGAGAGAACUUGAUGCUUUGGAUGCUGCUUGGAAGCCAAAGCAUUUUGCAAGGAGUGACUCUGAAGCAGAGGGUUCUCACGAUGGGUUUGAGUAUCCGGUUGAAGAAAUAAAUACAAAUGAAGAGGAUUCAGAUGUUGCAGAAGAGAAGAAGAGGAUGGAGAGGUAUUUUGAUUGGAAAAUUCGUAGGCGGUUUGAUCAUGAGAGAGCCAAUCCGAAGAUCUGUUCCAGGACCAUGCGUGAGGGAGAACCCAGCGAUGAUGAUGAAGAGCUUUUGGAUGCUGCAGGUGAUGAGGAUGACGAGGAUGAGGAUAGUGAUGAGAGUACUUCAUCUGAAGAUGAUCAAACUUUUCCUGCUUCAUCAGGCAGUAGUUACAGUGCACAAUAUGAGGAGGACGAGGACUGGAGUUACGAUGAAGAUGACUUUUAG